GAGCGCGCACGAUGACGCUGCGCACCGGCGGCGGGCAGCGGCACGCCCCCAGCAUGGAUACAGAGAGCAGGACCGGGCGCUCCAGAGACGCGCUCACGGUUCUGUGCGGGAGUGUCGGAGCCGAGAUGGGACUUAACGCGUCCGAGUCGGGGGAAUGAACGCCGCUGGGCACUUUUGGAGAGGAAUAAGAAGAGUUUAGGUCGCGUUUGGCCGCGCGCGUAACGGGAGGUGUGCGUCGGUUUGUGUUAAGAGGCGUUUCUCUCACAGGAUGUGGGUGAUACUGGAGGCCGGUGGGUAAGAUCAUAAACUCAGAUGAGAACCACCUCCUCCUUCCUUCAGCUGUGCUUUGCUACACAAAGGGAACCACGGAACAAACUACUUUCCAGCGCCACAACUGUCGCUUUCGUUUUAAUGUCAGUGAUCAGCGGGAGGGGCGGUUUUAAAGACAAAAUGGAUCACUUUGCAGCAGAGUGCCUUGUCUCCAUGUCCCACCGCGCAGUUGUCCACGCUCCUAAGGGAAACCGAGAGAUUAAACCCGAGAUCCCGUGCGCACCCAAGCCCGUGGAGGACCUCAAAGAACCCCUGGUGAGGGACAACUCUUCUCUGUUCGUCGUGGCGCGGAUCCUGGCCGAUUUCAACCAACAGACUCCAACCCACAACGCUGCUAUUGAACAGGCUAAAAUAAUCAAGGAUGACAGCAUGAACCUCAGAGACGAUAAUGAUGAUGAUGAUGAUGGAAACUGUGCCACACCUACCACCAUCUCCGACCCCGCGCUCAAACAAAGAGGCAAAAGGAGCCGAGGGCGCAGCGAGCAGGAAACGCCGCAAAAAAAGCACAAAUGUCACUAUUCGGGGUGCGAAAAAGUUUAUGGCAAAUCCUCCCACCUCAAAGCCCAUCUAAGGACACACACAGGUGAGAGGCCCUUCCCCUGCACCUGGACCGACUGCAGUAAGAAGUUUGCCCGCUCCGAUGAGCUGGCGCGGCACUACCGCACCCACACGGGCGAGAAGAAGUUCGGCUGCCCGCUGUGUGAUAAGAGGUUCAUGCGCAGUGACCACCUGAUGAAACACGCCCGCCGCCACUCUGACUUCCACCCCGCCAUGCUCAAACGCAACCACAACACCAGACCCAGCUCCGUCAGCGACUACAGCCGCUCCGACGCCUCCAGCCCCGCCCUCAGCCCCACCCACAGCCCCGCCAUAAGCCCCGCCCACAGCCCCGCCAGCUCGCCUUAAACUCUCGCACUUUCUGCCUCCGGACGAGGCCGCUCCUUCAUCAGACUUGAGUUGCACAGGACUCACCCCCUGCUAUUCCUGCACUUAUGGUGUCCCAUUCUGUACAUACUGCUUAUGUAGUGCACUGACCCUGUGGUGUCUAAAGAGGGCACAAGUCUAAAGAGGGCACAAGUCUAAAGAGGGCACAAGUCUAAAGAGGGCACAUGUCUAAAAAGUGCACAUGUCUAAAAAGUGCACAAGUUUAAAGAGGGCACUUGUUUUUCAGGCAUCACCAUUUCCACUGUUCUGUACGAACAGCAUUCCAAAGUUCUAAAGAAUGACGCAGUUAAGCUUUAGCUCCUCUGAUCCUUUGGAAAAGGUGGAGCUCAUUUCUAAGUGUCGAUUAGAUCACAUAUGAUAAGUCUUAAAGACGAACUCCAUCAAAUGGAAUAUAUCAAAGAUAUUAUAUAAUCAAAAGUCUGUUUACAGUUACUGAGGCGUAGGGUUUGAUGUAAAUACAAUGAUUUGGCCCCAAAAGGGUGAACUGGCACUUUCUGAGAAUCCCAGUCCCAGUUUUUCAAUUGGACCAUGAGGUGUGCCCUGAAACGGGGGGUAUGUGCCCGUGUCCUGCAGAAGUCAGACCUCUGCCCUCUGUAGCCCUGUGGGUUCUGAUCACAGUGAGAGGUGUACAUAUGAAGCACAGACACCCACAAGAGUCGUCUCAUUUUUCAUGGUGUUGAUUUGAGGAGGGGGAGAGGGGCGCGCACACCUCAGGACUGACAGUUUUGUAAAACACACGUGUUCAUUUCUCACAGUGACUGCACAAUAGACUGAUCACUUUACAGUCGACGGAGACGUCGCCCCACUCAGGGAAGGCCUUUAGCUUGAAAGAAUCACCCCUCCAAAAUCCCCCCUCCAGAAUUACCCCUUCAGAAUCACCCCUCCUGCCCCCACAGCCCCCACACCCUCUCCAGCCCCUCCUGCCCCCCCAGCCUUACCCUCAUCCACACAUGUCUGUGGUUCAGUCUCGUACGCAUCACGUCCAGUGUCUCAGUCCCUUUUCUGUUUUGUCUGUAACUGUCACAUUUCCCACAUAUUCUUCUGAGCCGCUCCUUUAAAGAGGCCUCAAACGUUCACUUUAUGGGGAUGACAGGUUUAAAGCAGCUGUCUGUGCUUCAGCCAUAAACCACAGCUUGUACUGUACAGAAACACAAACAUGAGAAACAAGUUUGAAGCACAUAGGAAACUUAACCAAAGACUGGACUGGGAGUGUGAGCCGCACAGACCUCGAUCACACAUGAACACCAGUGUGAAGUAGAACGUACAUAUAUCCAGUGUGGACCUGCAGGACAGGGCCUGUGAUAAAGGGGCUUUAUCAGAGCCAGAGCAGCCGAGGAGGGGCCCCCCUUUACUCUGAGCUAAAGCUAACAGAGCUGCCUGUGGAAAAAGGCCUGUAAUUAGUGGGUUGAUUCAGCCUCAAGUGCAGGGCUGAGGCUGUGCGUGCUCAGGAGGACUACCUAGACAAAGCUAACAGUCUGAGGGGGACGUACCGACUCUUACAGGCGUCAGAUUUCACAUGGCCAAGGAUAAUGUAGCUCCACACGUGAGCUCUGUUAGCAGAGCGCGCUCACAGCUGCUUUAGACCUGCCUCUUCCAUCAGGGCUCCCACUGUGGUACCAGCGCAUGAAGCUAAGAACAUAUGCAGCCCAGUCCCCCGUGAACCUCUGUCUCCACACGCCUCGAUGGGUCAGACUAAAGCCACAGGCAAACACACAGAAACUGGCUCCACUAUCCAAACUGAUGAGCCCCUUCUCAGAGCUGGGCCUGUGUUUCCCAGAAUGCACUGGGAGUAUGCGCCCAUGCUCUUCUUCAUGUGGUUAGAUGUGACCGUAGAGUCAGGCGUGUGCUCCGUCCCACAGUUCCACAGUUCUGCUUUAAUGCAUAUCAAAUACUUAGUGAAUAGAGGCGCUGGGAGGAGGUGAGCAGGUGGAGCUACAUGAAUGGUGCGCCUUGUGCUCCCUGCUCCUCCACAGCAUCUCUCUUUGUGGAAGAAUCAGCCCCUUUUAGACCCAGUGCAGUGGUUUGCCAUAGAGCCAAGUCCUCACUACACAGUUUCCUGUUCACAGGAUGACACUCUGAAUGCUACAGCGCCCUCCCGGUGGAGAGAGGCGUGCACAUCUACACAUCUACACAUCACAGUUACACAGUUACAUGUCUAUAAGAGUUUAGAUCCUCCUCGUGCUGCGGGGCAGCGUGCUGGAGACAUCUCUUAGUUUCUGACUUUGUUUAAUGGCAGUAGUUUCCUGGAGUAGGUGUAAUCAUUGUUCGUUUGUAUGGCACAGUUAGCUCAGGGCCAAAGUGCACAUGGCUUUACCCACACACAGGAGGGUGAGGGUGCCCACUGCAGGACAGUGGCACCACCACCUCCACCCACUUAGAUCUCCAUCUACCCCCAUAGACUGUGUACAGUCCACAGUGUACAGACUGUAGACGGUCUAUGCCCACAGACCAGUCUGACCUGGACCCACUGCACCACAGCUACUUGAAUCAUCCACACUCUGUCCACUGUCUCUGCUCUGAGUGUCCAUCCUGUCUGUCCACUCUCACUCUCACGUGUCUCCAGAGGAAGUCUUUAUGUCCCUUUGCCCCCGCGGCCCCUGAGGCUUCACCUGUACAGUCUCUGAUGUCAGGCCUCACCUGUCAGGCCUCGGGCUUUUCUGGAGACACUGCUCCUGCCACAAAUAUCUUCAUUAUUUAUGUUAAUCAUAAGAGUUUAAUCAUAACCUCAUGAAUGAAAUGUACAGUUGUAAGCAUUUAUUAUUUGCUCUUGGUUUGAUUCAUUGAUGUGUGAUUUUGAUUGCAUCAUACCUCUAAUAACCUGAUGUUUUAUGUUCUUUAAACCAUGAUGUAGCGUUCAUGUCCGGACCGUAGCUCUGGCCACGUCACGUCCUGCAGGAAAUCUCAGGACUCCAUUUUCUAUCGUGGAGAGUUCUUUUUGAGGAUGUCAAACUUUUACAUGUUCACCCAACAAUAACAAAUCUUUUCCAGUCCGACCAGCUAAUCACAGAAGUGUAAAUAAGUCGACAUUUUGCUAAUUGUAAAGAAUAGUGAAUUAGACGAUUUUGUAGAACUAACCCAGUUGAGAUAGAAACGCCACAUUAACCCGUAGACGACCCUGUGCUGAGUCAUCCAGGCCUGACGCUCGUGUGUGCCAAACUCACACAGUAACCACCCGACCCCUGAGGUGACCUAUGACCUUUAACCUGUACAGUUUUCUAGAGCAUGUUGCGUUGUACAGGUUUGGGACUGCUGCGUUUUUCACGUGCGGAUUCCCAGCACACAUCCGGUUCGCUUAUGGACCGUGUGUGUUUUUGUUUUUUCUUUGAUGAUUUGUGCCGUACCACACCAAGCGACGUGUAACUCCACGAAGAACCGCCCACCAUUCCAAAGGACAGAAGAUCUCUCCGCUCUCGAUGUGCUGCUUCCACCGCGUUGGUCAGAAAUAGUGCUUUUGUCGUGAAGUGAGGUUUUGUAGAAAGUUGUGUACAUGGUACCCUCCUCUUUGAUGUCCACGCUUCCUAUGGACCAGUCUCUCCUCGUGUCUGUAGUGCGCAGUUUAAGCCAAUAGAAAAUGACCAGCGGAAAUGUCGAUAUCGAUAUCAGCUCUCCUGCUUCAGCGCCUGCUUGAGUUGAUGACGCGGACUGUGUAGGAAGCGAGCACGGGCGCGUUUACGGCUCCGUCGAAUCUGGCUCCGAUUCACUUUGUAUUGAAAAAAAACAAAAAAAACAUGGCACCUUUUUCUGUAACUGCUGCUGUCAGGCUCAUCAUUUUGGUCUUAAAAACUGCACCUUGUGACUUUUUGGUUCAUGAUCCGUCACCUGCGUGUUUCCAUGGAGAUGUUAUUGCUCUGGAAUGUUCCACGGUGUGACAUUAAACAGCUCUACAUUACAUUUAUCCAGUUAUAAGUGGCUUUAGAGCUCAAAAAUAACUAGACAAACUUGCAUUCUGACUGUGAGCGGGGUCGCCUCUCCACAGAUCUGACCUGUAACUUGGUCUGGUUGGUUACAUGCCGUCAUUCCGACAUACCGCCACUUCAACGUUGUUGUUUAAUUGUCAGAGUGAUGGCAUUUCCAAUUUUUUUAAAAAUCAAACGUCCCUGCAAUUUGACUUUUUAUUUUCCCUGAUUGGAGUGGCGGCACUUUAGCUUUAUUUUAUUUAUUUUUUUAAACAUUCCCUCUUUCCAACACACAAGGGAAGUAUUAAGUUGCGGCGACACUCUUUUCAUGGACUCACAGCGUAGGAGGCGUGGGGCGUGCAGCAUGGUUUAGUCCUGGUUAAAUCCUGGUUUAGACCUGGAUUAGACCUGGUUUUAGUUCUGAUUUAGUUCUAGUUAAACCUGGUUUAAGUCCUUAUUUUAGUUGUGGUUUAGUCUUUGUUUAGACCUGGUUUAGACCUGGUUUUAGUUCUGAUUUAGUCCUAGUUAAGCCUGGUUUAAGUCCUUAUUUUAGUUGUGGUUUAGUCUUUGUUUAGACCUGGUUUUAGUCCUGAUUUAGUCCUAGUUAAACCUGGUUUAAGUCCUUAUUUUAGUUGUGGUUUAGUCUUUGUUUAGACCUGGUUUAGACCUGGUUUUAGUUCUGGUUAAGAGGCAGGGCCCACGCGUUGUACACAAGACAAAAAAGGUGACGCUCCAAACUAUGAGUUGGCAGUCAUAAUGCCGACAUAAAAGGUGUCGGAAUGGAGGGUUGUUGGAAUUAUCAAAUGUCGGGGUCUGUCGGAAAGGUCUGUACCCCGGUCUGGUUUGGUCUCCAUGAAGAUAAAAAGGUGUAAUGCCAUAUUGUCAAUGCCAAUGAGACGGAAAAGAAGUAGAAACAUGUAAAAACUGGGACAUUUUCUCCAAUUUUUCCUCGAUUGUGUCAGACUUACUACCGCAAACAGAGCCCAAAGGAAGUUGUCAUUAGAGAAUACGUACAUAAUUGGGCUGGAUAUUUUAUUUGGCAUUAACAAAAACAUUUUAAGCAGCCUAAAAUUGCGGACGUGGUCUAAUCUCGCUCAAAUUUUAGACAAUUCCUUUCCGCUUCUCCGUGUUUAGAGUUUAAGAAACGUCCACAUCUUGCGGGAUUUGUCGGCGGGAAUGAGACAGAAUAUCGUAGAUUCAGGCAAGAGCGGGAAUGAAAAUUACAAUUCUUUGCAGGCGGGAGCGGGAAUGAAAAUCCUGUCCCAUCAAAUCUCUAGUUGUCAUUGCAUCUUUCCAAACAUCUUCCUUGUUUGUGACAGUUUCCAGACAAAGCAAUAACAUUUCCACGGAGAAAAAGCAUCUGACGGACCCUCCACGAGAAAAGUCACACAACGCACCAUUAAAAUAUUCGUAUCAACCUGCUCUGCACGAUCCUGGUGUGUUUAUUUUGCUAUUUAAUCCGUAGAUCUAUUCCAGAAUCCUCGAUGAGCUGCGUUUGACUGGAGCCGGAGCGCCGCGAACGACGACGUCACGCUCCCUCGGGUUCGCUUCUUUACACAGUCUGUGGUCGGUGAUAAAGAAUGAUUUUUGAAUGAGAGGAGCUUCGUUUCGUUACGGCUCCGAUUCCAAAUGAUGUUACCAAAGGUUUGAAGGGAACGUUGAAUGUCUCAGAAUGCAGAUGUGUUCUUGUCAUGGACCUUUUUCUACGAAGAGCAAACCCAGUGUAAUGAAAGUGAGUUUGUGAGUGUGUUUAGGUAGGCCUUGCUCCUAUCUCUGUGUGUGCUCUUAUUGUACAAAGCUUUCCGGAGUGUUCCUUCUUUAGAACGUUCUGUGCAGCAAAUAAAUAUACUUUAAAAACAGGGUGACCACUGAGAAAUUCCCUAAAACGACGGAAUUUUCUGUUUUCCGAUUUGUUACGAUGUCGUUUCCUCGUCGCGAACGGACCUGGAGUUGCGUUUUGUUUCAUUUUCACAUGUUUAAAACAAAAAACUCUACAUAUUUAGUUCAAAUUCUUCUCUUCUCAAACUGAAAACGCUCAGUUCCACCUUGUGAUGUCACGUGGUACCACAGGAAGUGCUCCAAUGUGUUUUUAAACUCCAUACGCCUUCACGAGAGUCAUUCAGAUCACAUAUCAGACUUGGAAUUUCCAAUUUUUACUGAACUAAAAAGUAAAACUGAGCGCUUAACUUGAAAAUUACUAGGGAUUUAUGACAUCACAAGGUGGACCAGAGCAUUUUUGGCUUUGGAGAUGUAAACAGACGAAUGUGAAUGAAACAAAACACAACUUCAGGUCUGUUUUCGACGAGGUAACGACAUUAUAACAUGACUUUAAUUUAAGAAAAGUACAUUUUGCUUGAAACUAGAGCUUUAAAGUUUUAAUUUAAUCUUUUUGAGUGAAGAAAACUCAAUUUACACGUUAAUUUAAACUCAAAUAAGACAAAUUCUGAACCAAAUUCCGAAUCUUAAGUAACUUAUUUGCAUUUCUUUGGCGUAACUUAAAUUUAUACGUUUAUUAAAACUCGAAUAAAACAAAUUCUGAACCAAAAUCUGAAUCUUAACUCACUUAUUUACAGUUUUUUGGUGUUACUUCAAUUUAUACGUUUAUUUAAACUCUAAUAAAACAAAUUCUGUACCAAAUUUUGAAUCUAAAGUCACAAAUUAAAUGUAUAAAUUGAAGUAACGCCAAAGAAAUGCAAAUACAACUCGAAUAAAACAAAUUCUGAACCAAAUUCUCAAUCUUAAGUCACUUAUUUGCAUUUCUUUCGCGUUACUUCAAUUUAUACGUUUAUUUAAACUCAAAUAAAACAAAUUCUGUACCAAAUUUUGAAUCUGAAGUAACUCCAAAGAAAUGCAAAUAAAACUCGAAUAAAACAAAUUCUGAACCAAAUUCUGAAUAUUAACUCACUUAUUUACAUUUCUUUGGCGUUACUUCCAGUCAAAUGAGCCUAAUUUUCAGCACUUAUGCCAUUUCGCAGUGGUCACCCCGGCGAUUUUAUCUCCAAGGGAUACAGCAGCUUUGGCUCGUAGCGGUCUGUGUGUACCUCAGUGUUCUGCUGUGUACCUCUGUCUCUGCCCAUCACCAUCAGUUGCCUGUGUAUGACCAUGGUGCUGCUGUUCUGCACCAUUAAACCCACCAGUGUAAAUACUCCACUCAGCUACGGCCAGUACAUCCUCGGACCUCACUAAUCUUCAGGUGUCAAGAACUUUUUUUUCCCAGUUUCAAGCCAAAAUCACCACUACUUCAAAGUAUUACAGUUGUACAGAGCCGGUUUCUCACAUGUACAGGCUUUGUGCUGGUCGAGCUGCUCUGCUGUACCUUUCUAUGGCAUUAUUUUUUACAUGUUAGACGAUAUAUAUGGUGAAAAUGUCCUAUGCAACUAUAAAAAUAACAGAUUGUUGAAAAAUGUAUGUUGUCAUAACUUGUAUGCAUGAAAUAGUGAAGUUUACAUUUGUAAAUAAAUUCAUAAAAUAAGUGGAGAA